AUGUCAACGCCUCCUCAGGCCUUUCAUUCAUCCGAACCGCGCAAGCCAGGCUUCAACACGCUCUCUUUUCCUGCUCCAGCCUCUCGGAGCGCACAACAAUACGUCGAAACCUCGCCAAACCCCCCUCCAGAGUUCGUAGCCACAGGUCCUGAAUACUUUACGGAAUCUUCCCAAAUCACGGGCGCGAACUCCUCCCCCCCACCAUCCCACCAGCACCAAACCCCUACCACUGCCACCGUUCCUAACCCACACGACUCUUACCUCCCUGAAAUCGACACCACCGCCAAAGCAGCUAACUGCACCACUUCGCCUACUGCCAUGCGUCAACACGUCUGGGACGACCCGCCUAAAAUGCCCUGGUACCGCCGCAUCUCGAGCGUGGGCUGGUUGAUCAUUACAAUCACCUUCCUGGGGAUCAGUGGGGUGGUGCUGGCCAUCUUGGGCGCAAUGGGGUUCUUCACGGGCCAUCAUAGGUCUGGCGAUUCUUCUUCUCUUUCUGAUUAUACCACGAUCAUUUCCGUUUCUUCUCUUACGUCCGCUCAAGCCGAGGUGACUAACCCCGCCGCCAGCGGCGCCGGUGAUUCCUCUGACAUGGAGGGGGACGCCCAGAUGACGGCUACUUCGAUGAUGAUUUCCACAACGGCAAACGACACUUCCCCUCUCACCAUAACCCACCCCCUCUGCACCAACUCCUCCGACUUCCUCACUAACAUAACCUGGCUGGGCUCUGGCCCCCAACUCUACGAUACCCUCUACGACCCUCCGGCCUCCAGCGCUGCAGAAUGCUGCCAGCUAUGUGCGGACAAUGCCGCGCCCGAGUUUACGCCGCAGGGUCCAGGCUCCGGGUGCACAGGGUGGCUGUUCAAUGACAAGUCCCCCUGGACGCCGUGCACAAGGUUGGUUGUGCAGACCGAGAAGCAGGGGGCCAAGAAAGGCAAGACGUGUCCGAAGGGGUAUGCGGAUGAGACGAAGUUUGUUAAGGCAGGGAAGGGAGAGGUAGGAAAAUAA